AUGCACAGCAGCAAGCGAGGGGAUCGCUGUGCCAGUGUGCAGGAGUCAGGGCUCUGCAUCCGGGCUCAGCGCUGCAGAGUUCCUGUGUUUGGGCAGACGGAGGGGCUGUCCCCGGGGCGCGCGGGGCUCGAACUGCCCGACGUCCCUCCCCUCUCCCCGCCUCCCUCUCCCCUGCCGGGCUGGGCCAUGCCCCUGGCCCGCCCCCGGCCCCGGGCGGGGCUGCCCCGUGCCCGGCCCCGGCCGUCCCGCCGCGGUCUCGCCUCCGCCCGGCUCUGGCCGUGCUGGCGGUGGCGCUGCUGGGCGGGCAUCAGUGCCUGGUGCGUGGGCGGCAUCGCCGCCCUUCGGGUCCGCCUGGCCCGUUCCCGACCCCGGCCCCGGCUCCUCCCGGGGCCCGCGGAGCACACACGCGGCGCGGCCGCUCCCGCCGCUUCCGCUGCGUCUUCCCCGGCCCGAGCUCCGCCGCUCGGAAGCGCGGCCUCCGGCCCCAAGCCGCCGGGGCCCGGAGCGGGUGGGGAUGCCGGGCCCAGGGCGGGUGAGGGGCGCUCGGGGGCCGUUGCUGGCCCCGGGCCGAGCGCUGACCGCCGCGUCCCGCCCGCAGGGACGGCGCAGGAGGCCCUGCAGGAGCGGUACCGGCUGGGAUCGCUGCUGGCACGCGGCGGCUUCGGCAGAGUCUUCGCAGCCACGCGGCUCUCGGACGGCGCCCCGGUGGCCAUCAAACGCGUGCCGAGGGAUCGCAUCCGGCACUGGGGCGAGCUGCCCGACGGCACCAGCGCACCCCUGGAGAUCGUGCUGCUGGCCAAGGUGUCCUGUGGCUGUGGCGGUGUCAUUCAGCUCCUGGAGUGGCUUGAGCUCCCCGACAGCUUCCUGCUGGUGCUGGAGCGUCCGGAGCGGUGCCAGGAGCUCUCGGGUUUCCUGGCGGAGCGGGGGUUCCUGCCGGAGGAGGAGGCGCGGGGACUGUUCCGCCAGGUGCUGGAGGCCGUGCGGCACUGCACCAGCUGCGGGGUCCUGCACCGGGACAUUAAGCCCGAGAAUGUCCUGCUCGACCUGGCCAGCGGGCAGCUGAAACUGAUCGACUUUGGCUGUGGCGCCUUCCUCCAAGACACCCAAUUUGCAGGAACCCUGUCCUACAGCCCACCAGAGUGGAUCCAGCACCAACGCUACCAUGGCAAGGCAGCCACGAUCUGGUCCCUGGGCCUCCUGCUGUGCCACCUGGUCAUGGGGAAGCACCCGUUCAGGAGGGGCCAGGAGAUCAUCCGGGGGCGAAUCUUGUUCCCACGAUGGCUCUCUCGAGAGUGCCAAGAUGUUAUUAAGAGGUGUUUGUCCAUGCAACCCUCGGACAGGCCAUCCUUAGAAGAGCUUUUCUGUCAUCCUUGGGUGAAGGGUGUUUCCCUGCCCUAG